UUUUUGUUUUCAUACACACUUAUCACACUUCUCUUCUCUCCUCACAUUGCUCUGUUGUGAAGAUCUUCUGGGUUCUUCUGAAUUAUUGUCUUCUUGUGAAGAACAAGUCCAUGCUUUUACCUAACCAACGACAACCAUAGAAUGAAUGAAAACAUAGUUUAUGUUUAAAGAGAUAGGAAUUGGCUGUGAAAAACAAUAACUUUUUCCAAGGAAUCUUCGGUUGCCAUGUUUCAUCGUUGGAGCAGUUCCCCUCAGCAAGACCAAGAAAGCAGCGAGCUUCAUGCUGAAUCAAAGAUCAAGGAGCUGAAGGGUGCAAUUGGACCCUUAUCAGGUCACGGUUUGGUAUAUUGCACUGAUGCAUGUUUGAAGAGAUAUUUGGAAGCUCGAAACUGGAAUGUAGACAAGUCCAAGAAGAUGUUGGGGGAGACUCUGAAGUGGAGAUCAACAUAUAAACCAGAGGAAAUUCGCUGGCAAGAGGUUGCAAUGGAAGGGGAGACUGGGAAAUUGUAUAGAGCAAGCUUUCGUGAUAGACAAGGAAGAACUGUUCUUAUUCUGAGACCAGGAAUGCAGAACACUACUUCAAUGGAGAAUCAGAUGCGGCAUUUUGUGUAUAUGUUGGAAAACGCCUUGCUUGACCUUCCACCGGGUCAAGAACAAAUGGCAUGGUUGAUAGACUUCACUGGCUGGUCAAUAACCAACAAUGUGCCCUUGAAAUCAGCCAGAGAGACCAUCAACAUUUUGCAGAAUCAUUACCCUGAGAGACUUGCCAUAGCAUUUCUUUACAACCCCCCUCGAGUUUUUGAAGCCUUUUGGAAGAUAGUUAAGUACUUCUUGGAUAGCAAGACAUUUCAGAAGGUGAAGUUUGUGUACCCAAAGAACAAAGAUAGUGUGGAGCUCAUGAAGUCCUACUUUGAUGAGGAAAACCUUCCCAAAGAACUAGGUGGAAAAAGCACAAUGCGUUAUAACCACGAGGAGUUCUCCAGACUAAUGCUUCAGGAUGACUUGAAAUGCGCAGCAUUUUGGGGGCCUGAUGAGAAGCUCUCAAACCACAUUGCUAAUGGGCAUUCUGCUGCAGUUUUCGAUGAAACUUCACCUGACGUAUGUUAAGCUCAGUUUAGAUUACCAUCUGGGAUGGUGAAGGUCCAUUGGGAGAAGCAUGCUCUUUGUUUAAUUUUGGAUUAUGAGUAAUUUUUGAAGGGUUGGUAGGGUAAUCCAACCAUA